AUGGCAGCUGCCUCUGCCGAGGAGGCCCGGGUGCGGCAGUCCAUUGUGAAUUGCGCAGUCGAUCAUUACGAGCUGCUAAUCAAUGCGCAGGCCGCGAACGUGGUGGCUGCCUCGCUUUCCAGAAGUGCUGAAGACACCGCUAACGGACUGACAACAUCCUUGCAAGCACUGCACUCCUGGUCGCAGCUUCUCCAGUGUGCUGGGCAGUCGUGGAGGCAAGAGAAGGCACAGCUGCAUAGCGCUGUCAUGAGUCACCAGAAGAUCGUGGCUCUUAUGGAGUCACCCGCCUUAGUGGAGGAGUGCGUGCGGCAUACAAUGUUCCACGAAGCGCUCCUCAUAUUCGAGCAUGUCCUGAUGCUGUGUCAGCACAUGAGCGAUGUGCGCGUUUUCCAGAGACUUCAGAGGGAGGUGGUGGACACGAUGGAACAAGCGGUGGACACGUAUGUGCUGCCGAUGCUGUCGGGUGCUCUCACGGUGGACACGGCGUACAAGGCUAUCUCCCUCCUUCGUCGUCUUGGUGGCACCCCGGCGUCGCUGCGUGCACUCUUCUUGCGCAGCCGCGCAGCCUAUAUUUGUCAGCUACUGCAGGGGGCCGAAUCCAGCGUGGUGCCCUACUCUCUUAUCCUAAAGUACGUCACGGUGUACAAGGUGCACGUGAACGAGGUGACGCUUCAGUACAAGGCGUGCUUCCCACCCAACACCGAAGCCCAGCAGAGGGAGACGACGGAGGAGCUGAGCCUGUGGUGUCAGGAGCAGGCGCACGUGUUCAUGCACCUCAUGGCGGCGGCACUCCAGCACCUGCACAACGGCUCUGAACUGGCGCUCGUGGUGCAGCAGUGCGGCAGCUGCGCGAGUGCAAGUGCGCGGAUGCACACGGACGUACUGGGGCUCCUGGGCAGCAUACUUGUCCAAAAAGUGCACAGACUCUUCGCUGACGGGAUGCGGCAGGCCCGGACCACCUAUCGCACCGCCAUGCAGACCUCCUCGUGGCGGGUUUCCGUGUACUGCCACAACAACACGACGCUGAAGUCCUCGACGGUGAUCAAUGCCCCUCCGACUAUUGGCGACACACCAGCCGUGCAGCUGGCUCAGUGGCUGCCGCUCGCCUACGCCCUCAACGGGAUACUCUCCUCCUUCAACGCCGUUCACAAGUGUUUGCUGCCAGGGGUAGAGGCUCUGUGUGGGGAAGAGGUGCGGCAGCUGGUGUGCGAGGUAGCGCAGGACAUGUUGAGUGACGCGCCUCUACUCGACACAAUGUACGAUGCGGAGCGGGUCGUGUUCGUGACCUUUGUGAAGGCGUUUCAGCGGCUAUGGUACCCCUAUGUGCUGCACCUAGUCGACCGCAUUCUCGGACCUGCGCACCGCGAGGACUUGGAGGAUCAUACGCAGGCUCUGAUGCAUGGCAUUGGGGAACUUCUGUUUGUGGUAGAGCCGCCGUCGACGGUGCCGGUUGCAGAAAGCGCGAGUCACACGACCCUGGAACCUGCGAACUCGCAUCCAUCGACGACACUCGCUGCACCAAUAUCGGGUCUCACCGCCGUUCCCGCUGCAGUACCUUCGAUGCCGCCAGCGACAAGCACCGCUGCACUGCCCUAG